AUGCGCAAGGUCUCAAGAAGGCUGACAUCCGCGCCGACAGCAACCGCGACGUCUCUGUUGAUGUCCAAGGCAGUUUCGACUCUGGCGGGAAGUCCACUUGAACCCCCGAGAGUGGUGCUUAUAUGUCUGCCCAGCAUCGUCAAUAACUUAGAAGACUGCCAAUACCGUCACCAACAGGAAUCCGCUGAGCAGCGAUGGGCUGGCUGCCUGCAACGACGAUUCAGCGCGACGGAGAACAACUCAGAGCCUAUCCAGGCUAACUCCACCUGCCAGAUUGAUGAGGCUCGCGUCAAGGCUGGAGGCACAGAUCCCAUGCUACUUUACAAACAGUCUGGUGAUAUCUGGGCUCAGGGGUUCCUCGAAUUCGCCUACACUACUAUGCCGGGUCCCGGUGGACUUGAUGCGAUCCGCGUAUGCCCCGGCACCAGUGAUAGUUUUGGUCACCGUGAGACCAACAGCUUCAGAAACCUCGAGGCCAUUCUCCCUUGUACUCUAAAGUCCGGCAUCAGGUAUCCCGUCGAGCGUAUAAAUUAUGGCGAAACAUUUCGACAGGCUCCCGGUGGAGAACAUGCUGGAUGUCUGACAAGCCUGCCCUACCACAACAAGCUUGGAUUUACCAUCUCUGUCUCCGAUACCAGAUCCGCUAUCGAUCGGCUCAGCAGGCCUCGGCCGCUGGCCACGGUGGUCUGCUCACCAUCACCUUCACCGGAGAUGGCACAGAGGCCGGGUCCUGAAGCCCAGUGCCACAAUCGAACAGAUCCUUGCGAUACCAACUUCAACCCCGUGAACGAGUAUGUCCAGAAGCACAUCAAAGCCAACCUGAAGACACUGUUGGACGAGAUCCAGCUCGACCACAAUGACAUCAUCUGCAUUCCCAGCCUGUUCAAGUUGAGCGACUGUGGCAGCGGCGGCGGUUUCUGUCACGGUACCUACUGGCACUCUUGA